AUGGAAAAACAUGAAAUAACAACAACAAAGGAUAGUUCUUCUCAUGAUCAUGAUGAGAAGAGGAGGAGAGACCAACAACAACAACAACAAGUUAUCUUGUUAAAGAGAAAGAGAGAUCAUGACGAUGAUUGUCAAGACAACAACAACAACAACAACAAUAAUACUCAACUGCCAUUGAUGACGAGCAUAAUACAUCAUGAUGCUUCUCGACCAACAUUUACAAGUUUAAUGAGAGUAUUGUAUAUUAGACGUACUAUAUUCAAACAAGCAAAAAUGAUACACCAUAUCUCAGUGUGUGCAACUAGUAACGGUAAAGAUAUUAUAGAGUUGCCUCAACUUGGAAUGAUAACAAAGUAUGCAAUGCCAUGGGACUUUAUCAAACAUUAUCUACCACCUAGAGACCAAAUACCUUUGAAUAGAAGAAUGUACGUAAUUAGCAAGUACUGUUUACAUCAAAAUGCAACGGUAGAUACACUCCUCCAUCUCUUGGAAUGGUCACCAGAUUACGAUCCUCAAGAUGACGAUCGUCAUGAUGAUUUCAUCUACCAUGUUAUCACUCAAGGAACACCAGAGAUAUGUGCAUUCCUUCUUACAAGAUUCCCAAAUAUAAAUGUAUCAAAUCAACCAGAAUACCUAAAAGAAUAUAUAUUCCGAACUGCACACCUUUCAACCAUUCAACUAUUGUCAACCAAAGGAGCAAAGUUCUCAAAACUAGCUAUGAAUACUGCCGCGGAAAGAGGUAGUUUAGAUAUUGUAAUGUAUCUAGAUCAAAAUCGUACUGAAGGGUGCACAACUAAAGCAAUGAAUGGGGCAGCCUCAUAUGGUCAUUUUGAUAUUAUUAAAUAUUUACAUAGCUAUCGAACUGAAGGAUGCACAACCAAUGCUAUGGACGGGGCAGCCUCAAAAGGUCAUUUGGAUAUUAUUAAAGUAAGUUAA